GGAGAGGAACGGGGCCGGGGCGCUCGCGGCGGCUGUGCGGGGCGGUGCGGGGCGGGGCGGGCUGCGCACCGAGCUGCCCGGCCGCCCAGGUCUCCUUUUGACCUUGGCCGGCCUGUCCCGGCGGCGGCAGCAGCAGCGGAGGCUGAGCAGCCGGGCCUGGCCCGGGGGCCGCCGCACUAGGUCUGGCACCAUGCGCAGCCACCCUGGCCUCUAGCCACCCCUCGCCCACACCCCAGCAGCAGCAUGGCUGGGGACCGGCUCCCUCGGAAAGUCAUGGAUGCCAAGAAGCUGGCUAGCCUCCUGCGCCGGGGAGCUGGGGGGCCCCUGGUCAUCGAUAGCCGCUCCUUUGUGGAGUACAACAGUGGACACGUCCUCAGCUCUGUCAACAUCUGCUGCUCCAAGCUGGUUAAGAGGAGGCUUCAGCAAGACAAAGUGUCCAUCGCGGAGCUCAUCCAGCCAGCGUCCAGGAUGAAGGUGGAAGCCGAGGAGAGGCAGGACGUGGUAGUUUAUGACCAGAGCACCCGUGAUGCCAGCGUCCUGGCCGCUGACAGUUUCCUCUCCAUCCUGCUCAGCAAGCUGGAUGGCUGCUUCCACAGCGUCUCCAUCCUCACAGGAGGCUUUGCCACCUUCUCCUCCUGCUUCCCUGGCCUCUGCGAGGGGAAACCAGCAGCCAGUCUGCCCAUGAGCCUCUCCCAGCCCUGCCUGCCUGUGGCCAGUGUGGCCCUGACCCGAAUCCUCCCUCACCUUUACCUGGGCUCCCAGAAGGAUGUUCUUAACCAGGACCUGAUGACCCGAAAUGGGAUAAGCUACGUCCUUAAUGCAAGUAACUCCUGUCCGAAGCCAGACUUCAUCUGUGAGAGUCGUUUCAUGCGCAUUCCUGUGAAUGACAGUUACUGCGAAAAGCUGCUGCCUUGGCUGGACAAGUCCAUUGAGUUCAUAGACAAGGCCAAGCUGUCCAGCUGCCAAGUGAUCGUACACUGCCUGGCGGGCAUCUCCCGUUCAGCCACCAUCGCCAUUGCCUACAUCAUGAAGACCAUGGGCAUGUCCUCGGACGACGCCUACAGGUUCGUGAAGGAUCGGCGCCCAUCUAUCUCACCCAACUUCAACUUCCUGGGCCAGCUGCUGGAGUAUGAACGCAGCCUGAAGCUGCUGAAGGCCCUGAAGGCUGAGGGUGAGCCCGAAGCCCUGGGGCCGACUGAGCCCCUGCCUCCCCCCACCCAGCCGCUGCUGCCGCCACCGUCUACCUCAGAGCCCGGUGGGGAGGGCAGCCCCCUGGCACCCCCCACCAAGCCCCUGUGUGCCAGCGCCCUCCAACAGGGCCUCCGCGGGCUCCACUUGUCCUCCGAGCGCAUCCAGGACACCAACCGUCUCAAGCGUUCCUUCUCCCUGGACAUUAAGUCAGCUUACGCCCCCAGCAGGCGGCCUGAUGCCCCAGGCCCCCCCGACCCUGGGGAGGCUCCCAAACUCUGCAAGCUAGACAGCCCCUCUGGAGUGUCCUCCAGCCCCGAGAGUCCCGACUGGCCGGGGCCCGGGGCCGACCUGCCCCUCGAGGUCAAGCCUCGGCUGAGGAGGAAACACAGGCAUCCUGCCACAUCCCCAGGCCACAGCCUCAGCCUGAACUUUGGCGCUGCCCCUAAGUCAGGGCCCGUGUCCAGUGGAGGGGAGGACAGCCGGCUGGGCCUCUCUGUCCAUGGCCUUCCUGGCCCUGGUCCAGGAGGCUGGGCCUUGCCCCUGGACUCCCCUGGGACGCCUUCUCCCGAGGGGCCCUGGUACUUGAACCCAGAGGGCGCUGGGGGCAGCGGGGCAUCCCCGGCCCUCUUCCCAGCGGCCUCCUUUGGCCGGGCUGGCCUUCAGGGCAGUGGCAGUGUGGACCUGAGACUGAGGAACAAGCCCCGAGCAGAGCCCCGGGACACCAGGCACAGUUGGCAUGAAGACCCUGGGCCAGAGAAGUCCUUUAAACGGAGAAGCUGUCAGAUGGAGUUUGAGGAGGGCAUGGUGGAGGGCCGGGCGAGGGAGGAGCUCGGCAACAUCAGCAAGCAGGCCAGCUUCUCGGGAAGCAUGGAGAUCAUCGAGGUGUCCUGACAGCUGCAGGCAGGGGGGGACUGGGGAGCCAGGGGGUGGGGGUGGGCAUGGGGGGAGGGGUUAUUUAUGAGACAGGCGGGCUGUGCCCGGAGCACCCCGUCCCCUGGAGGAGUGAGUCACAGCCUCUGUUGUGGCCCCUGAACCCCCACCUGGAUGGUCCUGGGCGCCCUUGGUCAGGUGUCUGUGCCCUGCCUCUGGGUGGGAGGGGGCCUGGCUGUGCUGCUCCUCCCCCACAGCAGCCACCUGCUCCAGUCUGGCAGGACGUGUAACCGGGGCUUUUUUAUUUAUCGAAGCUGUUCAUUCUGGCAAUGACUCACCCUCGCAGGGCCUUCUUGAAGCUCUGUUUUUACUAUACGGUAUUUAAAUCGAAACACACGUUUCUAAGCAAUAUGAGGCCGCCACCUGGUUCCCUUUGGUAGCACCCUGGGGGCAGAAGGCACACGGGACCCAGCCCCCCCCAACCCACAGAGACUGCUUUCAUGCACUUUUUACAUAGAAAAAAGGAAAAAGGAAAAAAAAUCUUUGCCACAAACUGAGCCGCGGAACCUCCCGCCCUCCCCCUAUGGUCCCCCUCCCCCUCCCCUAAAUCCUCCUGGCCUCUUCUUUUCUGCAGUCAGGCUAUAGCAGAGAUAAGGCCUGUGGCUGAGACGAGUGGGCUCUUAGGAGUCCCAGGGGGCAGCACGAAAGAGAAGGGGGUGAUGGCUGCCCCUGGGCCACAACCCCUUCUUGCUCUGGGGUGGGAAGGCGGCGUGCUGGGGCUUGAUCCCCUCGCACAGGUGCCCUGGGCAGAGCAUUAACCCUGGGCCCAGGUGACAGGGCUUUGGGGGGUAGAGACAGAGCCAGCAUAUUGAGUAACUUCUGAGCCCCCCCAGGGUCCUUCCUGCAUGAAGCCUGGAGUCACCAGGGCUGUUAGUAUGUGUGUAUGUGAAUGUGAAUGAAUCUGUCUGAAUGAGUGAGUGUGGGGUGAGUGUGUGAGCUCCCACCCCCUGCCCCUGCUGCCCCCCCCCCCCAGCAGCCUUUAGGAAAGGCUGAUCUCAGGGUUACAGUGGGGGGCGGGGCUGGGGGGCAGAGCUGUUCUCGCACUGACUGGAGCCCUUGUGGAAUUUCCCAGCCUUCUGGGCUGUUUCACCCAUUCCUCCUUCCCUCCUGGGCCAGUAGGUGUCUGUAUCUCCCCACCCAGUCUCUCUGCUCCUCUCCAGUCCCCUCUGCUCUGGCCUUUGCCCCAUCCCCAAAUCUGCCCUCACCCUAUUGGAGUGUAUGGGACAGCCCCCACCCCCCUGUGUGGCCUUAAGGAAGGCCCUUCCUCUCUCGAGCCGUUUUCCUGCUCUCUAAAAUGAGUGGAUUGAACUCCAACUGUGUCCUCUCCAGCUGUUGUGUUUGAAUCAGCGUCCCUCGGGGUUGGGGGCCUCGGUGGCUCCUGAGACCAUGGAAGGAACAAAGGUUCAUGGUGCCCUUCCAAGGAGGCUUCCAGCCUUGGGCCCCCGACCCUGCCUCCCUCCCUCGCUCUCUCAUUGCCAGGGCUGUGCUGAGGAGGCAUCGGAGGUGCCAGGCUCCAGGCUCCCAGUGCCUGGCCUCCUCCAGCCCUUUCUUCCCUAGGUCCCAGGCAGUGGCGAGGGCAGUGUCAGGUUGGGUGGGGAAGCCCAGAGGGCCAGCCCCAGCUCUCCUGCUCAUCCCUCCCCUCCAUCCUCCUCCUUUCCUCCAUUCCCCCUUGUCACUGUCCCUGCCCUGCCCCCACCCCUCUUUCUUGCUCCCAGGUAAGAAGAUAAGCUAUCAGGGUUGUAUUUGCAAUCCACGGAUUAGAGAAUUAAGUAUUUAUUAUUAUUAAUUAUUAUUAAUUAUGAUGUAAAUUUGCCUCCUGGUCUUUGUUGCUUUGAGUUUCUCAGUGACUUGGCGUGAAUUCCAUGCUGGUCGCCCUCCCCCACCCCCUGC